AUACGACAUUGACACAAUCUCGAAACAAAUGACUGCGAAUGAAAAGCCCUAUUCAUUCAAACUAGAUUUAAAAGAUACGUGUUUAUCAACUUUUGUGACAAGUUCCGUUAUAUCUGUUAUUAUAUUAUGAGAUACAAAAAUUACACAUUUUAAAAUUAGUUAGUACCUCAUAGUAAGUAACCACCUAUUUUUGUAUAUUUGCUUUUGCUAUAAUAAAAUAACAGAUACAACGAACUUUGUCACAAAAAUUGAUCACCCUGUAUACCUACCAAAUUGCUAUAAAAAAUAGCAAUGGUUAAUAGUUAAUACCAUUUUUUAAGAAAGUGUCAGUAGCUAUAGACAUCACUAUUUAUAUAAAAAAAUAUAUACAGACAAAAAGUCAGUGUGUUGUUGAACACGAAAAAGGAGAAAGAAUUCAAUCAAGGUAGAAUAAUUUAAUUUUGAGAUUAAUAGAUACAUCAAACCAGUUUCAUCGAAAGUUCAUUUAUUCAAGCUAAGAAUGUUCUACAGAUUUUCUUUCUAUAUACGCCAGACAUCUGCAACGUAUAGUGAUAGAACAUCACAACAUUCCAAUCAUAUGGCCCGGAGAUUUAGCCGAUUUAGAAUGUAACUCAGUAGCAGUAAAGCAGAACAAAAUAGAAGCCAUUAGUGUAAACGCUUUCAAUUCAUCCAUGAUUGAAACCUUAGAUUUGUCCAACAAUAAAAUAAAAUGUUUAUUUGAAGAUCAACUAGCUAUAGAGAAUUUGUUGCACUUAUCGUUACAAAAUAAUAGGCUGGUGUACAUAGAAAAAAAUGCCAUACCAUCUACUGUAACUACUCUAAAUUUGAGGUUUAAUAAACUUUCAUCGUUCGAAAGUCCGAGCAAUGUUGAAGAACUUAUUUUAUCGCAUAAUAAAUUAUUAACAUUGGAUUUAAGUAAAUCUUUGCUAUUAAAGCAAUUACAUUUGGACUAUAAUGAACUAAGACGUUAUGACUUUUCCGGAUUAACACAAUUAACUCUCCUAAACUUAAGUUUUAAUGGUUUGCAAUACUUAAACAGAGAUAAGUUUUUAAAUAUGAACCAGUUGUUUGAAUUAGACUUAUCGAACAAUUACUUGAAAGACAUAGAUAUGCUAGAGAACACUUUUCCAAAAUUAGCCGUUCUUAAGCUCAACGACAAUUUAAUCAGCCGAUUUGAAGAUAUUUUACAAAGUAUAGGUACUCUCAUGGAGCCAGAUGUUUCCGGAAAUAUUAUAGAACAUUUUAAUUUCAGUAAUCUAGGAAAAGUUUGGAGAUUAAAAAUGAAUAAUAUGAAGUUAACUAGUCUUGAUCCUGAAAGCCUUUUUAAUAUGAAUACAUUAUACGAGAUUGAAUUAUCCAACAACUCAUUAUCAACUUUUAACUCAAAUUUAUAUAUUCCGACGAUUUGGAGAAUGGAUUUAAGUCGCAAUGAUAUCAGAAGAAUUGACAACAACUUUGGAAACUUUAAAGCAUUAGGUAGUUUGGAUUUGUCUUACAAUAGUAUAAGUUAUUUUAAUGUUGCGUCAAACAAUUUAGAUAAGUUAUGGAAAUUGAAAUUAAACAACAAUAAACUUGGUAGAAUAGCAGACCGUAAUGUGCCAAAUUUAAAUUUUUUAUUGAUGUUAGAUCUGGCAUUUAACAAUUUAAAAACGUUUAUGAUCUCUCCCAAUAAAUUAAAAAGAUUAAGGUUGCUGGAUUUAUCUUCUAACAGUAUUUCUGUGUACGACGAAAAACUUGUAAAUAAUCUGCAAGGUUUAAGAUUCUACAACUUAAGAAAUAACUUUAUUAGUGAAUUUCCUUCAAGUGCUUUCUAUUCACAAAAUAAGCUUUAUUAUCUUGACGUAUCUUUCAAUGUGAUUACUUCUAUGAAAUAUAGAGAUAGAGAAAAUGCAAGAUCUAACAUACGGACUUUCAAUAUUUUUGGCAAUCCUUUAAAUUGUUUACAUCAAAGACAAAUUGAAGCUUUCUGUCUACGAAAUAAUAUUUUGCUAAAUAUUUGUGAUGUUGCUAAUGGAAAAUCCCCAAUAUGUGUAGAUUAUAAGUGUGACUGUGAAUUUAUUUAUAAUGAAUUAACAGAACAAUUUCUUAAGUUUAUUAAUAAACCUAAAGUAGGUAAUUGUAGUUUUUCUGUUUUAGCACAUAAUGGAGCAUAAUAAAACUCAUUUAUUUACUAGA